AUGGUGACAGAAUCCAGUUCACCACAAAUUGAUCCCUCUUCUGAUCCUUCCACUCCAUAUUAUGUUCAUCCAAGUGAUUCACAGUUUCGUAUUGCAAAUGAGAAAUUUAAUGGAUCUGGUUUCAAUGAUUGGAAGCGAUCUGUUAUAAUCAGUUUAUCAUCCAAGAAUAAACUUGGAUUCAUUGAUGGAAGCAUUUCUAAACCUGAAAUUAAUACUGGACUUUACAAGUGCUGGUUCAGAGUAAAUAGCACUAUAAUUUCUUGGUUUAUCCAAGCUCUUGAUACUCACAUUGCUAGGAGUAUUCUGUAUUUUGAUUCAGCACAAGAAAUCUGGACUAAUCUUCAGUUUGGCCAGACAACAGGAGCACAAAUUUUCUCUUUACAACAACAAAUUGCUGAAAUUCAACAAGGAACAGAUUCCAUUUCACUGUUCUACACCAAAAUUAAGAUGUUAUGGGAUGAAUUGGAUGCAGCAAGUCCACUUCCUAUAUGUAGUUGUGACAAAUGUACUUGUCAAGUAAUAAGAAGAAUUCACACGAUGCAAGAAGAGAAUCGUUUGAUACAAUUCUUGAUGAAACUACGUCCAGAAUUCAACAAUGUCAGAGGAAAUAUUAUGAUUCAAGCUCCUCUUCCUACAAUUUCUAUGGCUUACAGGUUAUUAAUGCAAGAAGAGAGACAUAAGGAGGUCUAUCAAGCUAAUCAUGUCACUGAUGAUGCAUCAGCUUUCCUAGCUAAUAAAAGAAGAUUUCUGGAUUCUUCUAACAAUGCUGGAAACAAUAGUUCUUGGAACUAUAAUAGGUUCAGUUCUGGUAAUAAUCAGAUCAUCAGAUCAGGAGGAUCACAAGGUAAUUACAUGAGAAGAUCAAAUUUAUUCUGUGAUCAUUGCAAGAUCAAAGGUCAUACAAAGGAAAACUGCUGGAAGAUACAUGGUUAUCCACCAGAUAUCAAGGACAAAUGGAAGGGCAAAAGAGUAGCUAAUAUGGUUCAGGAGGAUCUCAAUCAAUCUAGCACUUCUAUUGAACCUAAUCAAGCUGCUCCUCAAUUCACAGCUGAACAAUACAGCAAAUUAAUGAGUCUCUUAGAGCACAACAAAGCAGAAACUUCAGAAAAACAUGACAAUACUGCCUUUGUAGCAGGUAUGAUUGCUUACUAUCUUUUGAUCAUGAUACUUGGAUAA